CUCUCCCUCCGACAGUUCUGGGAAGUGAUCAGCGACGAGCAUGGCAUCGACCCCGUAGGCCAGUACAGCGGAGAAACCGACAUGCAGCUGGAGAGGAUCAACGUAUACUACAAUGAGGCCUCUGGUACAAUGGGAGGCGGGAGGUACGUGCCGCGCGCCGUGCUAGUCGACCUCGAACCGGGCACGAUGGAGGCCGUGCGCUCGGGCCCCGUCGGCAAGAUCUUCCGCCCCGACAACUUCGUCUUCGGUCAGAGCGGCGCUGGCAACAACUGGGCCAAGGGUCACUACACGGAGGGCGCCGAGCUGGUCGACUCCGUGAUGGACGUCAUGAGGAAGGAGGCCGAGAACUGCGACUGCCUCCAGGGGUUCCAGCUCACGCACUCCCUCGGGGGGGGCACGGGCUCGGGCAUGGGCACGCUCCUCAUCUCCAAGAUCAGGGAGGAAUACCCCGACAGGAUCAUGAACACGUUCUCCGUCAUACCGAGUCCUAAGGUCUCAGACACGGUAGUGGAGCCAUACAACGCCACGCUCUCAGUCCACCAGCUGGUCGAAAACACAGACGAGACCUUCUGCAUAGAUAACGAAGCCUUGUACGACAUCUGCUUCAGAACUUUGAAACUCACCUCCCCUUCCUAUGGCGACCUGAAUCACCUUGUGUCCGUAACGAUGUCCGGGGUGACCACAUGCCUCAGGUUCCCAGGCCAGCUCAACGCAGAUCUCAGGAAGUUAGCAGUUAACAUGGUACCUUUUCCUCGUCUUCACUUCUUCAUGCCAGGCUUCGCACCUCUCACCUCCAGAGGAUCUCAGAGUUACCGCGCCCUCACCGUCCCCGAACUCACCCAGCAGAUGUUCGACAGUAAAAACAUGAUGACCGCCUGCGACCCUCGACACGGCCGCUACCUCACCGUGGCCGCUAUCUUCAGAGGCCGCAUGUCCAUGAAGGAGGUGGAUGAACAGAUGCUCUCCGUUCAGAACAAGAAUUCCAGUUACUUCGUGGAAUGGAUCCCCAAUAACGUGAAAGUGGCAGUGUGCGACAUUCCACCGCGAGGACUCAAGAUGUCUGCCACUUUUAUCGGAAACUCCACCGCUAUUCAGGAGAUUUUCAAGCGCAUUUCCGAGCAGUUCACAGCCAUGUUCCGGCGAAAAGCUUUCCUCCACUGGUAUACGGGCGAGGGCAUGGACGAAAUGGAGUUCACCGAAGCCGAGUCCAACAUGAACGACUUGGUAUCGGAGUAUCAGCAGUACCAAGAAGCCACGGCAGAGGACGAGGAUUUCUUAGACGAAGAGGAGGCUGAGGAGGAGCUCGUGGAGGAGCAGUAGAUUAGGAUGUUGAGUGAGAGGGAGAGAUAGAGAGAAAAGAGGAGGAAAAAAGGAGAGAGAGUAGUAGGAGGAUAAGAGGAGUGGGAGAGGAGGAAAACAGGAGAGAGAGAGAGAGAGAGAGAGAGAGAGAGAGAGAGAGAGAGAGAGAGAGAGAGAGAGAGAGAGAGAGAGAGAGAGAGAGAGAGAGAGAGAGAAGGAAAGGAGGAGAGAGGGAGAGAUUGUAGGUGAGAAUAUGAGAGAGAGAAAGAGAAAGAAAGAAAGGGAGAGGAUGUGAAAACGAGAAGGAAAAAAGGAGAAAGUUAAAAAGGGAAAUAACGAGAUCCUCGUUUCGGAUGAGAGAGAAAUAAAGAAAAGAAAAAAAUAGGAAAGAAAGAAAGAGAGACAGAUAGAGAGAGAAUGUAUCAAGGAAUCUAGGUUGAUUGUCUGCUUCUUGCAAGAAAUAAACUUGAUUUAAUGAGUCGAAAGCAAUGUAUGCAUUUGAAAGAUCUUGAUUUUAAGAGAAUUUUGAGAGAAAGAGAGAGAGAGAGAAAGGAUUUCCAAGAACUUAGAUAAUAAUUUGAUUUUGAUUAAGAGUCAUGAAAAACAAAAUGAUUAUAAAAUGUGGGAACGGAUGGACACAAAAUCGUUGUAAUAUAAAGGUGUAAUGAAGAGAGAAAUAAAGAGGUGGAAUUUAAUGAAAAUAAUGAUAAUAAAUGAAGAUACUUAUUCUAGUCAUUACUAAUAUGCACAGGACAUAUUUUGUAAUGAGAACCAAGAGGUCAUCAUCACACAUUCAUCACUCAAAGUUUUUUUCUUUUUUUUAUUACGGAUUCAUAACUUAUUCUAUUGCGUAACAAAGAUCCAGUGAGUUGAUAUGAUCUGAUUAAAAAAAAAGAAUAAUAAAAUGAAAAAAAAUCAAGAUCAUAUCAUCAAUUCUAUAAAGUCCUUUUUGAUUUCUUUUUUUGUAUCAUUUAUAUGCUGCUCUUUAUACCGUACAGUACACGUGCCUUAUACAAGAGUCCAUAAAAUGAUCAAAUUUAGCCAAGUUCCUAAAUAAAAGAACUCAAAAAUUAUAUAUAUUUUCUGUAUUAGUUCCCGAAUACUUAAUUGUUUGACGAUAGCAUUCAUAAGUCAUCGUGUUUAUGAAACAGAGUGAAUUUCUGUCAUGUCAAAUACGCGCUCUUCGAUCAACAGAAAAUCAUGUAUUUCCAAUGGCCUUAGUCACUGCUGAAUGUAUGACUGCUGAGUCACGUGUUGUAUGCCCUGGUGCUCCGAGUCUAAAGAUUGAUUUUCUUUUUGUUUUUUUGUUUUUUUUUUCCUCAACUAGAAUUAUUUUGUUAAUUUGGAAUAAAAACACUUUGAAGUU